CUGCAUUUUCAACACGAGUAGUUGUACCGAAAAUCUUGGUGUGAUCGAGUGGCCGCGAGAGUUUGAGAUGUUCCUGCUAGUACUUCUACUUUACCAGGCUUAAUAUGAGUUCAAUCUUAAUCUUUUCCCUCAUCUGUUCCUUUCCUUGCCUUAGUACUAGCCAUUCACCCGUUCCGCCCACAGUCUCGAUUAUAACCUAGACUACUUAAUACAGACCAAGAACUCUUCAUCGCUAGACAAACCGAAACCCAAAGAUCAAAAACAACAUGUCAGCGUCUCUUGCAUCGUCCUCAAGAGCACGCAUUGCUCAGUUGCUGGCAGAAGGCGUUGGGCCUCAGUCGAUGCCUAUGAGAAUGAUGGGGAACACAGGCUUGCAGGUUUCGGUGCUCAGUUUUGGCUUUUGGGCGACCUAUGGAGUCAAAAAAGACUUGCAGGAUGAUGAUGGAGUCAAGACGGCGAAGGUGAUACUUCAUUUUUACGACAAACAACUCCAAGAAAGCGAUCUACACUUAUACUAGAGAUGAUAGGAUCCCGACGUCGUGACGACUCAGCGAAUUGUAGUUGAUGUCUCCUGAGAUAAAGUAGAAGUACAGCCUUUGCCUUAGCCUUCCUAAAUAAAAAUAUAGUAGUUGAACUUCUUUGACUUCGUGUAUCGAUUGAGUCAAGCUUUUAUUUUGCUAGGCCCACGAUAGUCAUUCGCGACACCUGAUACAUUCAACGAACAGGCAGUCAUGUCCGCCGCGCGUAACGCUGGCGUGAAUCUGUUCGAUCAUGCGGAGACCUACGGAAAUCCACAAGGCGCAGCAGAGAUGGUCUUUGGACACGCUUUGAAACAGCUAAAACAAGAAGACGCGAAAUUGUGGGCUCGACAUUCGCUGAUCAUCACUAUUACGGCAACCAUAAAGAGAACAUGAUCGCAACCAAAAAGUGGUGGAGAUGCAGCCUCUAAUUAAAAGAUCUUACACCCCGCGAGUGGGUACAUCUAUCUAUCUAUCUAUCUAAGACGAGAGCAACAUCAACUGCAAACCCAUUCUCAGCAUCAUCCUUGGCCUGCUCUUUUUCAAGUCUAAGGGAAAAAGAACAGAAGUGUCGAAGGAUAUUAUGGCUCUCCAGGAGGAAGAUGCGACGGCACAGUUGUAGCUCGCCUCUAAUACUACGAAAAUAUUUUGGGGCGGCCCUGAUCCGAAUCAGAAGGGCUUAUCCCGAAAGCACCUCCGCGAAGGUUUAGAUGCGAGUUUAGAGCGUUUGCAGUUGGACUACGUGGAUAUGGUGUUUUGCCAUAGACCAGACCCACUGACACCGACGGAAACUGUUGUUAAGGGUGCUGGUCAGAGGUGUUGAGUUGUAACAUUGUUCAUUUAAUAAUCUAGUAGAGUAAUGUUAAGUUGUAGAGUACAGCAAGGUGGAGCAACAAAGCGAGCGGCUAGAGCAUGGCAAAGAAGCCCCAAGGUUUUCGCGAUAUCGAGUAACUAGCUAGAUCGCGAGAGAAAACCCGGGGCGCCCGUUGGAUGUGUCUUGUCCAAAAGCGAACGAGAAUGACACGCCUGGGCGGAAGCGAGGCCAGCGAGUAAUAGUAGUGUAGUGCUAAGUUGGAAUUGGAGAGUAGAGUCGUUUUAUAGGUGCUAUAUGCAGCCUAUUAUGGAUGCACAGAAUAGAGUACAGUCAUUUUUGGAAUGUUUCUUUUCACCAGGGGCAGAAGUUCCAGGGGGCGAACAAUUGCCGCGGCAACAUCUGGUGCUCCAGCAGGCACGAUAUCGAUAUUAGUCACGACGAAAACAACGACCACGACGACCCGCUAUCUCUUCUAAUCUAUUUCGUGGUAUGACGGAUCUCGUUCGCAGUGGCAAAGUACACUAUUGGGGGACAUCAGAGUGGUCAGCUCAACAAUGGACUGAGGCAUACUGGAUCGCACAGAUGUAUAGCUUACUUAUAAGAGCUCAAUCGGUCUUCUCCUAGUAAGGUUGGCGUUGGCUCCACCACUCUUGUAAGAUUUUAAUAUUGAUGGAUCGCACAUCAGGAGAUGUAUUCGUAUUCCAACCUUGUUUCACUUUAAAUCUUCCACGACUCGUUGCAGCUGUUAGUACUCUUCAAUGAAUAUGUUCUAUGUGAUGUAGUCGUUUUCCUGGACGACAUAGUCAUGCAAUAUCAAUUCCAUCAAAUAAAAUUCAUUCACUACAGUUCCACCCUACACAUACACUUUCCCCAAACCUUACCCUGCCGUUACGAUUACCCUCGCCAGGCACGGUCUCGAACCACCGCAAUUCGAACAGCCACAAUACCAUAUGUUCUGGAGGGACAGAUUUGAGAAAGAAUACUUCCCACUCUUUCGUGCUCCUUACCAUAUGGGAACGACAACCUGGUCUCCUCUUGCCAGUGGUUUAUUGUCGGGGAAAUAUGUAGACGGGACGAUACCGGAAUCGUCGAGUUAUGCGAAUAAAUGUGGCUUGAUGUUUAUCAACAUCUCCAUACAUCUACUUCAUAGAACUACUAUGUAUAAGUUUCAUUUUCUCAUGUAGAUCCAAUAGUUUUGGUUUUCCGUUUUCCGAGUUACUUUCUUUGAGUAGGAGUGAAAGAGACCACCUAUCGCGGAUCUUCGGACAUCCCUCCAAUCAAUUCGUGGUCUACUCCCUUUCUAAUAUUCGUCUACUCCCUUUAUUUAGAAAGUUUCUAAUCCUGAGCCAACACAGAGGGCUACGCGUUCGUGAAGAAUAAAGUGGAUACUUGGGUAGCAGAUGGGACUAUGGAUAAAGUGAAGAAGCUGAAAAAGUACGCAGAAGAGGAACUAGGGUGUACGGUUGCUCAGCUAGCUUUGGCAUGGUCCAUUCGGAACGGAAAUGCGACGACGACAUUGCUAGGAGCAACCAGCGUGGAACAGGUAGAAGACUUUCUUCAUCUUCCUGUUCUUGGGUCUAUAAGUUGUAGUGUUGUUGACUCAUUUUUAGUCAUCUUCAGGAAGAAAACUUAAACUCUUCCACCAAUGUGGAAAUUCUAGUAGCUAUUUGUUCCACGUUCUUGUUAUUGUUUACCUCAUCUUGAUAAUAUAGCAGAGUAGUUUAUAGCACGCAUGGCGCAUGGAGUAGCAUGGAGUGCAUGGAGCGCAGAGCUUUAAGGGGCGCAAGAAGCUCCCCCUUUAGCUCCAUGCUACUCCAUGUGAUCCAUGCACUCCAUGCCAUGCGAGCGGUGAAACCUUAUAAAUUGCUCUGAUAUAGUUCCUCUCCCUCCAAGAAGGACUCGUCUGAACGAAAAUCCACAGAUUCGUGAAAAUCUUUCUGCCGUUUGCGUCGCCAAGGGCAUGAGCAACGCUGACGACGAGGCGGUAGAGAAGAUACUAGGGAAUAAGCCUGACAUGUGGGCUGGUUUCGGAGGUAGUGGAAUGCGACAGAUAACAAGAAUGGAAAACUUUAGUUCAGAUACGGUGAGGAUACAGAAUCCGAUGUUGCCGUUGCCAAGGGCGGUGGCGCAAUUGUGAAAAGAAACGGCUUAAUCUAAAGAGAAACUCUAUUGAUUUAGUUCUACCAUAUGGAUCACGAUCAAUGUAGUGUACUGCAAGGCACGGAUCACCAAGAAAGGCAUCUACAUCACAGAGAGGUACAGAUUGAAGACAUCACAGAUGAACUGAAACAAUUUAAUAAGACAACGUCUGAGACGAGAUGCAUGAG